UGGGGGCGGAAAGGGAGAUGCGGGGCGGUGGGAAGGUGGCGGCCCGGGCCAAGUCCCCGUCUCCCCCUCCCGCUCCCACUACAAUCCCUACUACGUCCUGGGCCCCGGCCGACAGGAGCGUUCCAGAAAUUAUUGGCAGUCUCCAGGAAGAUUAUUAUAAUCUAUGUAUGGCAAAGUCCAGGAAAAUUAAUUCCUUUGUAUGGCAUCUACUCCAGGAAGUGGAUGAAGAAAUUGAAAAGGGAUUGGAAGGAAUCACAUUAAACAUUCCUGGUAACAGUCGCUUAAUGCCAGUAGAAAGAAUAACAGGUGAAGAUUUUUGGAUUCUUUCCAGAAUUUUAAAGAAGAAUCCAUAUAUUAAUGGUUUGGAUGUUAGAUAUAACCUCAUGAGUGAUGUUGGUGCAUACUAUGCUGCAAGACUGCUUCAGAAACAACAUAAACUCAUUUAUUUAAAUCUUAUGUUUAAUGAUAUUGGGCCCGAAGGUGGAGAAUUGAUUGCUAAAGCACUACAUAAGAAUACAACUCUGAAAUACCUAAGAAUGACUGGAAACAAGAUUGAAAAUAAAGGUGGAAUGUUUUUUGCUGCAAUGCUGCAAAUUAAUUCAUCCUUAGAAAAAUUAGAUCUGGGUGACUGUGAUCUGGGAAUGCAAAGUGUGAUAGCAUUUGCUACAGUCCUAACUCAAAACCAAACAAUUAAGGGAAUAAACCUAAACCGACCUAUACUGUAUGGUGAACAGGAAGAGUCCACAGUUCAUCUAGGCCACAUGUUGAAAGAAAAUCACUGCCUUGUUGCACUACACAUGUGUAAGCAUAAUAUGAAAAACUGUGGAAUAAAACAAUUAUGCGAUGCACUGUAUCUGAAUAGAAGCCUACGUUACCUUGAUGUGAGCUGCAAUAAAAUAACUCGUGAUGGAAUGGUGUGUUUGGCUGACGUACUGAAAAGCAAUACUACUCUGGAAGUAAUAGAUCUUUCUUUUAACAGAAUAGAAGAUGUAGGAGCAAAGUAUCUCAGCGAAACUCUUGCUUCACACAACAGGAGUCUUAAAGCGUUGUCAGUAGUCAACAACAACAUAAAGGGAGAAGGACUUGUUGCACUUUCACAGUCCAUGAAAACAAACCACAUACUCUCUAAUGUCUACAUUUGGGGAAACAAAUUUGAUGAAGCUACAUGUGUGGCAUAUUCAGACUUAAUUCAAACAGGCCGUCUAAAACCAGACAAUACAGAUGUGGAGCCAUUUGUGGUGGAUGGACAUGUGUAUCUUGCAGAAGUCUCCAAUGGCCUUAAAAAGCAUUAUUACUGGAGGCCAACUUAUGGAGAAGCUUGCAGUCAGUCAUCUAAUGCAGGUUCUAUUCUUGUACCAGUAGGUCCAGAUCUAUGAAAAACAAACUCUAAAAUAAUUUUCACAUAUUUGCCUUAUGUUAAUAUUUUAUGGCCUACUACAGUUUUCGUUCAUAAAUUAAAACAAGCUACUUGAAAUGUGUAAAAGAUAUAUUAAACUUUAACUGUCCACUGUGGAAAAA